AUGGCGCUCACGACGUCAUCCCUGGCGUCGUCGCUGAACCACGGCCGCGAUUUGGUCUCCCCCGACGGGAUCGAGCAGUCGAAGCACGAUCGCAUCUCCGUCACGACGGCGAGCGUCGCCGCCGGGGACGUCGAGUCGAUCGCCGACGUCAACGCGUUGCCGAGGGUCACUCCGGCUUCCACCCGCGUCACGUUGUCGGACAGCGCGUUCACGGUGGUGAGCAUGCGCUCCGCGAACUUGUGCGAGUAUGCAAAGUUGAUCUCCGUCAACGAUUUGAGCUGCAGCGUCGGCGGGGGUGUCGCGACGUCAGUCGAAGAGAGAGAGUACAGUAAUAGCAGAGCGUCGAGUCGCGCGCGGCGGCGCGGGGCGGGAAAGGAAGGCGUCUGA